UUUGCCUUCAAAAUAGUUCAUUGAGCUGUUUGGGGCAAAGUGACGGUGAUUAUGCAUUUUGUCGCCCAGCUUGCGAGAGGGGUGGCUACGUUACGUGCUCCAACGGAGUAUUUCUUGAGAGGCCAUGUUCUCUUGGCUAUUAUUUACCUGUGGGCAGCCCACCACAGCAAUUGGUGUUUGACUCAACAAGUAGAACGUGCGAGCUAAGAGCCGCCAACUGCCCUCGUCACCAGGAUACAAAGAUCAUUCCAUGA